AUGCAAUGUUUUAUGUUGCAAAUGGUGCUGUUGAAAAUCGCUUUUUGCGUGGAUGGUAUGAUUUCAGAAGACGCCGGAUUAAAAAUUAGUUUGUCAAGUGAGGGACUUUUCCAUCUGGCCGAUGCUGCCGUCAAGUUUGGAGCAAAGGAGUUGGUUAAGAUCACGCUUCCAGAAAUUUCCGGGUCGACGAAAGCAGCAGGUGGUACUGUCACUUACGAUCUGACCAACAUGCGGGUGGUUAAUGAGAUUCAACCGAGUUUCAACGUUCACCUGGUGCUUAAGGAAGGAGUAAAAAUCCAAAUCAGUGACAUGUUGGUUCGCUUAUCUGGCAACUGGAGAUAUCGUUACAAAAUCGGAUUCAUCGACAUAACGGACCACGGAUCGUUCGACGCCAAACUCAGUGGUUUAGUUCUUUCCAUUUAUCUCAGUCCUGUGAAGACACAAGAUGGCAAGUUGCAGAUAAACACGAUGAACUGUGCUGGAAAAUUUAAUGAUGUCGACUUGGACAUUCACAGCAAGGUCAGUUGGUUGUACGAUCUCAUUAAAGAUAAUAUAGAAAAAUCGGCCAACCAGCCAUGUGCAAUAUUCGAGCAAAUAAGAACGUCAGUUUUAAACAAAUACUUGCUGAAACUUCCGAUGCACUUCAGCGUCACCAGUUCUCUGACGUUCGAUUAUCAGCUUCACGAUGCGCCAGCGAUUAAUGAUGGUUCUGUAGAUUUUUAUUUGAAUGGUCAGUUCAGCGCAGUCGAAACCAAUAAGCUAUUCAACAGGCUGCCCCAGAUGGAUCAGAAAAGAAGUGGUGGAGCGAGCGACAGAAUGGCAGAUGCAACCGUCAGUCAAAAUCUCAUCAAUUCGUUAGUUUACUCCUUGAAGCAGUCCAGUUAUUUGAGGAGGGUGGUCACAAAGAACGACCUGCCAAAAUACAUGGACGGAUUCUUAAACACAACGUGCCUAACCUUCAAAUGCUUUGCCUUCUUUAUACCGCAACUUGGCAAACUUUACCCAAAUUCAUUCGUGGAAAUUACCAUCAACUCCGAGCAAAUUCCUGAUGGGAAAAUUUUAAAAGAUGGAAUUUUAAUAUCCGUAAAAAACCUGACAAUAGAUUUCCAGGCAAGAUUUCCGAACAAUUCGUUAGUCGAUCUAUUCACGUUUGCAGUGAAUACGUCUUUAGUCGUGAGUAUAAACAUCACAAAAGAUGCAUCAACAGUAUUCUGGCACGUGGGCAACUUUACCUUCAACAGCCAGCUAGAAAGAUCUUACAUAAGCUGGAUACCGAGCUACCUUAUGUCCAAAAUUUCCGGAUUCGUUCUAAGGUUUGCGGUAAUAACCGAAAUCAAUUUGCGCGGAAAAACAGGCCUGAAAAUCAAAUCGAUACCGAAUAUAGAACUCUUGGACACAGAGGUCCAUUUCAAUGAUGGUUUCGUUUCAGCUGGAUGCAAUUUUCGCUUAAAAACUAAAUUCGACUGGUAA